UCAGACGAAGCGAAGCCUUUUCCAUUUACUAUUCGCACUGCGUUCUAUUUCCAUCGCUUUUUAAAUAAAUAGUGGUACAGAAACUAAAAUAAACUAAAAUAUCUCAAAUGACAGCACGGGUAUGAAAUUCUUAUGUGAUUUUAUCAGAAGUGUAAGAGAGAACCAGAAUAAUUGGCAUGCACGUUUAUUACAGAAGAAGAAACAACCACCAGAUUUUUGCACAUCUGUUGAACUCCUACAAUUUCAAGGAUCAAAUGUCAGCAAGAGUUUGGGCUACAAAAAUAUUAACCCCAACCAGUAACCAGCGCCAGUCAAGUGGCCAAUUCUUGAAUUUGCUUUGCUUGCAGUUUCGCAAAGCGCAGACACAAAGACGUGAAAAACAAAGGCACGUACAAACGAAGCCAGCAACAUAGAGAACUUUAAUGGAGAUAGCAGUAGAGUAGCAGUAACUGCCGAGAGAGCCCAGGUUUGCCGAUCAAAAUGAUCGUGCAACGUUGUUGUUGUUGUUAACGAUAUUUGUUGUUGUUGUUGCAGAGGUUUGUUGUAGUUGUGUACGUGUGUCUUCUUCACUGGCGUAGCGUGAUCAUUUCUACGUUCACUUCGAAUGCAGUCCCAGCCGACCGUAGUGAAAAUCCAGUUUUGUUAAAAAUAAACAAAGCGCAACAAGCACUCUACAGUCCUCAGUGUACAGCAUAUCGGAUGUAAAGAAAACAGAUGCCUAUGAAAAGCAUAAGAGCGUAUUCAACUGGGCUAGGAUGUUAAGGGUAGAGACGUUCUUGCAUGCUUAGGGCGUUUAGCUAAACUUUAAGUUAAAUAUUGUUGUGUUGCUUUGUUGUUUUGCUUGAGAGCGCACGUGCAAUUCGUUGCGCCCCGAAACUGCUGAAACAGAGUUAACAACCGUAAAGCGAUCCACAGCCAGGCAGCAGCCCCACGACGCCAGCGGAAGCUUAACAUCCGGAGAGUAAAAACACAGGCGAAGCCAGUCAGAGUCAGAGUCGCUGUCGCUGUCGCUGUCGCUGUCUCUUCUCCCAACUUUAUCGUUCGCUCAAACUCACUCUCUUGCUCUCGCAGCACACUUGAUAGCUGGCCAGAGCGAGCAGAGUUGUGUUCACUUUUCUUUGCGCCUUUACCUUCGUAGUCGAAGCCGCAGCCAAAAGGCACGUAAACUGGUUGCCGUAUAGGCGCAUUUGGCGUGCCCGUAUUGUUUUGUAUUUCUUUUGCUCUUUUAUGUGUGUAUGGUUUUCAGUCUUGUCGUAGCGAUCAUCAUGAGCAGCAGCAUGGAUCUGGCCUACAAUGCGUCAUCGGCGUCGACGUCGCCUCCACCGCAACUGCCGCCCUCCGGCUCCUACUCGUUCACCAACACAGCCAAGCUGCCAAUAGAGACGGUAAAGCGUCUUAUUGCUGCCGUCUCCCGUCGUCCCGUGCUCUGGCUGCGCAAUAACAAUACAAGCAGUCAGAAGCGAAGCGACAUUACGCCCAUAUGGUUCGAAGUUGGCAAGGAUGUCAAUUUGCCAGCUGAUGUUUGUCGAGUGAAGUGGGGGCACUUGCGUGACAAUUUUCGCAAGGUGUACAUACGCAAUAAUCUCUCAAAUGAGACACCCUCGUCUUGGCGUUUCUACAACGACAUGCGCUUCAUGGAGCAUGCAGUCCAUGAGAAUAUCAUGCGUACCUCUCGCACACGUGUUGGUACCAAAAAACAUACGCGCAGCUCCUGGAACGAGAAUAAUAAUCAUGUUAAAUACGACUCUAUGGUGGCCACGGAACCAAUUUGUGAGCUGAGCGACAGCUACGACUCGGAGUUGCAGCCAAACUUUUCGGAUAUUAGCUCGUUCUUUGAGGAUCGCAGCUGUCCGCCGCAAGCCAAGCGCGUAAAGUUGGAGCCUAAUGGCACGCUGAAUAGCCUCAAUGAGGAGGAGCUUAACGAUGAUGACUUUGACGAGGAUGCAGCUUCCGAGAAUGAGGAGAAACGCAGCCAUGCUGGCACGCCAGAUCCGAGUGUGUUUACUAUUGAAGUUCUCGAUGAUGAUGAGGAAAUGGAGCAGCCUUUGUCCAAGCGAAAAUCUAACAAAUCCAACCACAACUUUUUCAAUGGCAGCUUAAAAACUGAAGCCGACUUGAAGCCAUCCCCAGAGCUGCCUUUCAAAUACAUGAGCAUGGAGGCAGCCACUAAUACGGAAUCUAAUGGCGAUUGCCAGGAGGAUGCGGAUCGCAUGUUUUUGCUUAGCCUUAUGCCAUUUCUCCAGCGUCUCGAUGAGCGACGCAAACUGCGCGUGCGCCAGAAACUGCAAAAUGUUUUAAUCGAAGAACUGGAGUUUAGUUAGUAUAUGCUUAGUAUUAGCUGUAUUCGGUACAUUUUAAGCAUAGCUUACAGUAUUAAAAAUUUCAUAGGUAUGCGACUGAUAUUGAAAGACAUACAGUAGAAGCUAGAGAACAGAGAAUUUGAUAUUUACAUUUUAAUGAGCUUCAUUGAACUGAAACACAAACUUAAAGUUUAUAUUUCCAUUAAACAUUACACAUUAAGCUAACAAUUUCUGUAUACCGAGCAUGUACUGUGCUUGCAUAGUAAUGUAAAUUAAUCGUACUCUUAAUCUGUUUUAUCGCCUUCAUAUUUUCAUGGAAGAGACUUAUUAAUA